AUGGCGUCGAGAACCGGCAACUCAAAGCUUUCCUUCGAGGUUCUCCGCCGAAAUCCAAUCGUUGAAGAAGACUCCUUCCUCCAUCGUUCCAAAUCGGAUCCAGCGACUCUCCCCGAUCGCAAGAAACGUAAGCACCGAGCAUCCAAGAAGAAGAAGAAACUCCUCGAUCCCGCUGAUUCCGUUGCCGAUUCCGUUACCGAUUCCGUUGCUGAUUUCGGCGAUCCGAACAGGAGGACUGGAUUGCCGAUUGUUAACGGACGAUCUUGUAACGGUUUCGGGAUUGACGAAAUGCGGUAUUGCGGUAAUGGAGGAAGCGUUGUGUAUGAGGAAGCUAGUGAAACGAGUGUCUGUGCUGUUACUGCGGCGCCUGAGGCUGGUUCUUCGUUUCCGACCGUGCGUGGGAGUGUGGAUGGGUUUAAUUUCGGUGAAUUGAGGCAGAGGAAUGUGAAUAGCAGUUCUGAGGAUUUAGUUGCUUCUGUCGUGGGUGAUGACGGUGAAAUUGGGAAGGGCGAUGAUAGUGUGAAGGCGAGUCCGAGUCCAAUCGAGCUCGAGACGCCGAGAAAAGAAACUGAAAGGAGUGUCCUUUCGAAAUCGGAAACAGUAGAAUCGGUUGACUGGAAGCGGAUAAUGGAAGAAGAUCCGAAUUAUGUGUUCACAGUAGAUAGAUCUCCUGUAGCAUACUUCUUGGAGGAAAUGUACAAUGGGAAUUCUUUACGAAGCACAACUACUCUCGGCAAUGAAACAGAACGAGAGAGAGUUUAUGACACUAUCUUCCGCUUGCCAUGGAGAUGCGAAUUGCUUAUAGAUGUUGGCUUCUUUGUCUGCUUCGAUUCAUUUCUUUCGUUAUUAACUAUUAUGCCAACAAGGAUCUUGAUGACCAUUUGGAGGCUUCUAAAGACAAGACAGUUCAAGAGGCUCUCAACAAUGGAAUUGUCAGAUUUCGGAUGUUUUAUUAUUAUGAGCUGUGGAGUUGUUCUUUUGCAGAGAACAGAUAUCAGCUUAAUAUAUCAUAUGAUCCGUGGUCAAGGAACAAUAAAAUUAUAUGUGGUCUACAAUGUUUUAGAGAUAUUUGAUAAACUGUGUCAAAGUUUUAAUGGGGAUGUGUUGCAAACAUCAUUUCAUUCUGCUGAAGGACUUGCAAGUUGCCCCCCAGAAAAUAUGAGAUUCUGGCUUUGGAGAUUUAUUUGUGACCAAGCUUUAGCUGUGGUAGCUUCAAUUGUUCAUUCUUUUGUCUUAUUAGCUCAGGCGAUCACUCUAUCUACCUGUAUAGUUGCUCACAACAAUGCGCUGUUAGCUUUGCUGGUGUCAAAUAAUUUUGCUGAGAUCAAAGGCAAUGUGUUUAAGCGAUACAGCAAGGAUAAUGUUCACAGUUUGGUUUACUUUGAUUCUGUGGAGAGAUUUCACAUUUCAGCGUUUAUCUUAUUCGUUUUAGCUCAGAAUAUUCUCGAGGCAGAGGGUCCCUGGUUUGAAAGCUUUCUUUAUAAUAUCUUCUUGGUGUACGUAUGUGAAAUGGUUAUUGAUAUUAUCAAGCAUUCAUUCAUUGCUAAAUUCAAUGAUAUUAAGCCCAUUGCCUACUCUGAGUUCCUUGAAGACCUAUGUAAACAGACUUUAAAUUUGCAAACUGAGGGUGUAAAGAAAAACCUAACUUUUGUCCCCCUUGCUCCGGCCUGUGUGGUUAUUCGAGUUCUUACCCCAGUAUAUGCUGCAAACCUUCCUCAAAAUCCUCUUCCAUGGAAAAUUUUCUGGAUUCUGCUUUUUUUAACAAUGACCUAUGUUAUGCUUACAAGCCUCAAGGUUCUCAUGGGUAUGGGCCUACAGAAACAUGCCACUUGGUAUAUUAAUCGCUGCCGAAGGAGGAAGCAUCACCUUCAUGCAGAUUAG